AUGCCUGUCCCAGCUCGUGUCGAAAACAUCACUACGCCAUUCCCCAACGGGAUCAUCUAUGACACUGGCGAGCAAGAGUUUGGCGCGCACGAUCUUCAGGUCAGGGUGUACAGUGGGACGCUCGAAGUUGAAGGUCUCGAAGUUCACACUGGCAUGCUUUCGGAAUUUAAAUCCUUGGACGCUGUGCCCAAAACCACGGUCAAUACCAUUGUCGACGGCGCUGCCAACUCGUACUUCCAUAUUCAAGGCACCAAGACUGUUCGAAGCGAGACACUGGGCGACGGGGGAUGGAAUGUUAGCACUGUGCAAUGGGACUCUGUCGACUAUACCGGCGUCAUAUCGUUCCAAACGGUCCCCAACUCGACCUAUAUGAUCGUCAAUGGUACCAUGGGCCCAGAGUACAGCCGGUACAGUAUCAACAUGAGUCCACUUCCGCCAGGAGCAAUCCCUGUCAACGGUGGCAAAUACACUGGCUUCCAGUACUCUCCUUACCGAAACCCCGGAGCCUUCUACUUCACCCCCCUCGACCCCCAAGUCCAGUACGCUGUGUCUAUCCAGGGUACGAUAAAUGAAGCUACUGAGUCGACCGCCUUCACACCCGGCUCCGGCAACAUUCACAGCGUCACGUUCUACGCCGGCACCAAAAAGGUUGACCCAACACCCGCCAACACGACAUCCACCGAGUCCGAGGCACCCCUGCAUGGAGAGUCACCACGUGCCUCGCGCAAUGCCAAGAUUAUAGGUGGAUCCGUUGGUGGCGGAGUCGGUGGUCUCCUCCUCCUCGGUCUCCUCGCAUUCUGUUGCUUGCGCCACAAGAAGAAGCCAUCUCCAGUCGUCUCUGAUCCUACCCCCUUCGAGAUUGACAGCGGCGGCAGCGCCGCCACGCGCACGCCCUCGGAGAACGAUGACGAGGAGGCUGACAAGGUCGCCGACGAGCUCACCCCUGCUCAAGUCGCCAAGGCGCGUGAAGCAGGCUUCCUCGGAGCCAGUGAGGCUGGCGUGUCGGCAGUCCCGUCCUCCGUGCUUGAUCCUGAGGCGACUACCGUUCCCGACUCCUCAUCUCUCAGCAUUUACAAGCCCAACGUCAACAUGACCGUGUCGGUAUCCGUGGCCAGCUCCUUUAUCGACUUCAUGCCCGACGAGAACCUCUAUGGCAACCAUACGCAUCUCGCACUGUUUGGAGAAUGGAACUGGACGACAUCAAACCCGCCGCACAAUCUAUCAACUGGAAGCCAGACGGCUAUCGGCCCCAUCAAGGCACGCAAGGAUGCCAACCCAAACCGCCGUACCUUUGGUCUCAGCAACGCGACUUUGGCUGGCGUUUCCGAUGGCCUCUUUGCCAUCACCAACCAGUUCAACUUUGCUGGCACCCGCGGCAUCCUCAAAGGAAGCUUUAGCAAUGCGAACUGGGACAAUGCGACACAGCCGCCAAUGGUGGUCACUUGGAUCAACACGACCGCCCUCGACUUUAGUGACGAUCCCCAACAGGCCAAGCCGCUCCGUAUUCAAAACGUCACAACCCCAUUUCCCGAUGGUAUCAUCUAUGACACAGGCGAGCUCGAGUAUGGCAGGUGGGCCAUCCAGAUUUCGUCUUACAGCGGCACAAUCGAGGUAGAAGGCCUGGACAUUGAGACCGGCUUCGUUUCCGAAUAUCCCUCGCUCGAUCAAGUGCCGCAGACAACGAUCAAAGCAGUCGACGACAAUGGCAACCUCGACUCGUUCUUCACUGUUCAGGGCCCCUCCACCGUUCUCAACGAGGUGCUGGGCGACGGGUCGGCCAACGGCAGCACUGUGCAAUGGAACUCGGUCGACUACACUGGCACAAUGACAUUCAGAACGCAGCCCAACGCCACGUACAUGAUUGUUAAUGGCACUCUGGGGCCAGAGUACGACGUCUUCCAAAUCACGGUGGUACCUCUUCCUCCAGCGGCUUGGGUGCUUGGCAAUGACAACAAUCGCUACUGCUAUGGCGCUUACCGGAACCCAUCAGCGCUGUAUGUGACACCUCUUGAUCCCAAGCUGGUGUACACGGUCUCGAUACUCGGCGGUACGAUUCCAAACGUGAACGCCUUGGCCCCACGCCAGGGUCUUGCCAACCUCCACAGCGUCACCUUCUUUGCGGGCAGCACACCUCCGAACAUUACAUCGACGGCCGGCCCGGCCGCCACUGCAGCUGCUUCUCAUGGCGAAUCGCGCGCCUCGCGGAAUGCCAAGAUCAUUGGUGGAGCCGUCGGUGGUGGUGUCGGGCUCCUCCUUAUCAUCGGCCUCCUCGCAUUCUGCUGCAUCCGUCGCAAGAGGAAGCCGUCCCCGGUCAUCUCCGACCCCACUCCCUUUGAAAUCGACGGGAGCGACAGAGCCACUCGGGUCCCCUCUGAGGACGACGAAUCGGCGGACAAGGUUGCUGAGGAGCUCACCCCUGCUCAAGUGGCCAAGGCCCGCGAGGCCGGCUUCCUCGGAGCGGGCGCCGCGGAGGCCGGUGUGUCUGCGGUCCCCUCGUCCGCUCUCGACCCUCGCGGCGGGGCCGUGCCCUUCUCUCGUGGCCCAGCAUCUGCUGUCCCCUCAUCUGUGGUGAUCCCGUAUCUCGGUGGUCCCGCCUCGGUUGCUGCGUCGUCAUCCCUUGAGCCCAGCGACGCCGUGGACUCGCGCUUCUAUGGGGCCAGUUCCAGCACUGGCGCUGGGUCAAGCAGCGCAAUCCUCUCCCCGACCUCGACGCAGGUCAACGGGGUUGCUGUCAAGGACGGCGAUGCCCCUGCUAUCCUCGCGACGCCUGUGCAUGGAGACAAGCGCGUCCACCAGGAGCAGGACGGGGGUGCGGUCGACGAUGAUGACGAGAACGUGGACAGGAUCCCUCCGAGCUACAACCCGUCGUGGGCGAGUCGCGGUGCCACCCUCGCCGACUCUGGGGCGGUGACCCGUGUGGUGAGCAACCAAGGCGCUGCGACUGUUGCCGAGGUUGAUGAGGGACUCGCGGAGCCUCCUGUCAUUGGCCGGCUGUCGAUCGAUAGCGAGACCUUUGGCCGCGCCGCGUAA